AAAAAGUUUCGUAAAAUGAGUAGCGUGGAGUGCUUUGGAAAUAUGCAACUUGGCUGUCAUUUAACAAUGGCACGCUUUUGGUGUUAGUUUUAGAAUAUAAAAACCCUUACUUGUAUUUUUGCAUUGACGACCUGUGCCACCGCCACUCUCUUUCGCUUUCUUCUCAAUAUGGCUUCAAUCUUUUUUGAAGAUUACCAUUUCCCCAGUGAAUUAUACAAUCGCAAUGGCAAGGACUUUUCGACGCCCAUUCGCACCUUACUUGAUUUUACUCCCCACAUUAUUCAGAACUUGCCCAAAGAUACCAAGGAGCAAGAGCCUAUCCAGCCGGCAAAAGAUCGAUCGUUCGAAUUUAUGGCCGAGAAUACCACCACAAAGCAGCAAAACGAGGAAAAGAAGAAUGACACUAGCAGCGUCAACUAUCUACGCUAUGCCGAGGGAUUUGCUCGAUUUUUAGCAGAUUGCUGUAUCGAGUAUGCUGUAUUGUCUUCGAAACACCAAAAAGAUGCACAAAACCGCAGUGAUAGCAGGGAGGAGGGACCUUUCAGACCUCAAAAAAGAGCGUUCCAGUCCUACUUUUCUUCUUCCUCUUCUUCUUCAUCUCAACAGCAAAACCAGCGAGAAAACCGCACUCGAUCGACCACGGAUACUACCACGCACAACGAUACCAACAACAACAACAACGACGACGACCAACAAGUGAAAUCGAAACAAAAGGAUAACAAAGAAAGAUCAAAAGGCGGUAAUGAUGCUACUGUAUCCACUGCAGCCAAAUCAGCCGCUGCUAUCGGUGCGUUAACAUUCUCGAUCUAUUCAACAUACCAGGCGAGCGUUGGCUAUGGCGACAUUACGUUGCAAAACCAAGUUGAACUUCUAUUGGAACACGUGGAAGCCAAUUUGCGCAGCACUCGGAUCUGGACGGAAGAGCGAGUCAAAUUGGAUGACUCGGUUCCCGAAUUAAUAACGCACGAUAUGAACCGUUUGAGACAACUCGUGGAUUGCUUGUAUAGACUCGAUUCUCGACGCGAGAAAAAGAUCGAAACUGCAGGAUGGGGAAUGGGUAUCGUUGGUGGUCUAUCAGCACUCGGCGGUGUUGCCAUGGGGAGUGCUGCGAUCGUGACGGGUGGUGCUGCAGCCGUGUUUGGUGCCGUGCUGGUCGCGGUGGCUUCACGAGGAUCAAAUCAAUCGACAAAGAAUAUCCGCACGUUGGUCGAAGCUCAAGUCCACCAACUCUUGGGCGAGCUUAAGCGAGACCACCCAUUACGAACAGAAAUGCUCGGUUCAAUGGCUGUGAAAAGUGAGCAAGAAGCUUUUGAGUUUGUGCCUAGUAGGGCAGCAGAAGCAGCAGCAGCAGCAACAACAACAACACAAUCACAGCAGCAGCAUAUCGAUGUGACACAAGAAGGAGCCAAAUUGAACGAACGCAUAAAAGUAGAAGCAACAUUAUAGUCUUACUGCUGUCUGCAAUAUCACUCGUUCGGAAAUACUAUUUACCCAACUACUACUACUACUACACUUUUUCCUUGUUUAUGCUGCUGGGUUUUGACAUUGUGUUGACAACAGAAUGACAAGCCUUCCGCGAUUACCUUCUGUACGCGACAUUGUCAAACUCUAUGGUUUGUCAGCCAAAUCACAGCUUGGUCAAAAUUUUAUUCUCGACAAAAACAUUACUGGUAC